UAAACUUAAGAAAAAAAAAAAGAAAAAAAAGAAAAAGAAAAAAGAGUUACUCUUGACUCUUCAGGAGUCUUUUAAGUAAUGACACGUUGAAACGAAGUCAUUUUCACACAAAAGCAAAUUCACAAUCCUCAUAGGAGAAGCUCAAUCUAGGGCUUGGCUAAAUUCUCAUUUCUCAGGCUCUGCAAUAAUUAAUGGCGGACCUAGCAAUUCAUGGAAAGGUCCAAGCUUCGUCGUUGUUGUUCUUGUUGCUGCUCAUCGUAGUUGAAAACUUCAGCUCCACACUCGCCUUCUCAUUCUAAUAAUUUUGCUUUUGGAAGCUGCCUGCCUGCCUGCCUCAGUUGUAAUGAUGAUGACAAGUGGAUUCCUCCGACGUUGUCAGUAGAGGAAGCCAUUCCCAUGGAGUAUAACACUGUCAAUCACACAGAUGCCAGAGAUGGCGUCUUGAGAGCCUCUUCGGCUUUUCCCUUGGCCGAUCAUGACGAUGCUCUGUACAAGGAGUUGUGGCACGCUUGCGCCGGUCCUUUGGUUACUGUGCCUCGCCAAGGCCAGCUCGUUUUCUAUUUCCCUCAAGGUCACAUCGAGCAGGUUGAGGCGUCCACCAAUCAAGUUGUUGAUCAGCAAAUGCCAGCAUAUGAUCUUCCCUCCAAAAUUCUCUGUCGCGUCAUCAAUGUUCAUUUGAAGGCUGAACCAGACACCGAUGAAGUAUAUGCUCAAGUGAUUUUGCUUCCUGAACCUAAACAAGAUGAGAAUUCGGUGGUGAAAGAGGCUUUGCUUCCUUCUCCUCCUCCUCCCCGCCCUCGUGUGCAUUCCUUCUGCAAGACUCUUACAGCCUCAGAUACAAGCACACAUGGUGGUUUCUCUGUGCUGAAACGGCAUGCAGAUGAAUGCCUCCCCCAGUUGGAUAUGUCUAAGCAGCCUCCUAGCCAAGAGUUGGUCGCUAGAGAUUUGCAUGGUAACAGAUGGCGUUUCCGCCAUAUCUUUCGAGGUCACCCAAAGAGACACCUUCUUCAAAGUGGUUGGAGUCUCUUUGUCAGCUCAAAGAAGCUUGUUGCAGGCGAUGCUUUUAUUUUUCUCAGGGGUGAAACUGGAGACCUUCGUGUUGGUGUAAGACGUGCUAUGAGGCAAUUUAGUAAUGUUCCAUCUUCAGUCAUAUCUAGUCACAGUAUGCAUAUUGGAGUACUUGCAACUGCAUGGCACGCUGUUUCAACGGGUACAAUGUUCACUGUCUAUUACAAGCCAAGGACUAGCCCUGCAGAAUUCAUUGUUCCAUUUGAUGAAUAUAUGGAGUCUGUCAAGAAUAGCUAUCCUAUAGGGAUGAGGUUCAAAAUGAGGUUCGAAGGUGAAGAAGCUCCAGAGCAAAGGUUCUCAGGGACGGUUAUAGGAGUGGAAGAUUCUGAUCAUGUGAGGUGGCCUGGUUCACAAUGGAGAUGCCUUAAGGUGCAUUGGGAUGAAACUUCUCCUGUUCAUCGUCCAGAGAAAAUUUCCCCUUGGAAAGUAGAGCCUGCCUUGGCUCAUGCACCAAAUUCUCUUCUGGUAUCCCAAAUGAAACGACCACGUGUAAACAUAUCAUCGUCAUCCAAUUCUUCACGUCAUGCAACUGAAGGUUCAUCUAAAAUCAAUCGAGAAACUACAGCCCAGAAUCAAGUUUCAAGGGCCUUGCAAGGUCAAGAAAUCCGGACACUGAGACGUACAUUUGCUAACAAUGAAAAUUCAGACACUGCACAGAAUCUCACUGUAUGGGCUUCAUCUCAAGGUACGGAUCAAACAGGGACUCCUUUUGGUAAGAGAAUAUUUGGACCAGAGGACAGAGUUACUCAAGUAAGGUUCGGAAUGCCCUGUACGAAUCAAUCAUCACAUUCCCGAGCUGCGCAAGAAUCGUUCAGAGUGGGUUGGCCUUUGGUUGAUCGAAACCCAGUUAAUGCCAACCAAUUCUGGAAGCAGGGUUCUGGUCAGGAAAAAAUAUUCCAUUUGUCUUCAAGUCCAGUGUCCAUGAUGCGUUUGAUCCCUUCAUCUGACCUGACAGAAUCCAGCAGCAUAAAACUUCCUGUAGCAGAAGUUAAUGACUCUGAUGGAAUGCAUGAACAUGAAGUAAAGCAGCAGCCAGGACAUUGGUUAUUGCCACGGUCAUCUGCUGAAAAUUCUUGUCAUCCAAUGUCACUGAAUUUGGAGAAUCUGCAUAGGCAACAUGAUGAGAAGGCUAAAGGGAAUGGCAAUUGCAAACUCUUUGGUAUCUCCCUUGUCAGUAACCCUGCUGUGACAAACCUGGAUGUACUGCAUACAAACUCCAAGCAUAGGCCACAAGGGCAAAUUGAUGUUGCAUCCGAGCACUACCAAGAUAUGGAAUCUGAACGAUUGCUGGAGCAUGAAAAGUGUUCAAAGUUUGCUGUGACUGCAACUGGAGGUAGUGAACGACAGAAGCCUUUUCCAGUUUCAAAGCAGUUUUCUGUAGAUAUUCCGGUCAAGCUUCCAGGUGGUUCAACUAGAAGAAGCAUUAAGGUUCAUAAGCAGGGGGCCACUUUGGGAAGGUCUGUUGACCUUAGCAAGUUUAAUGGCUAUGAUGAAAUGAUAGCGGAAUUAGAUCAGAUUUUUGAAUUUAAUGGUGAACUAAGCAGUCCAGAAAAAAAGUGGAUGGUUGUUUUUACUGAUGAUGAGGGUGAUAUGAUGCUUGUUGGAGAUGAUCCCUGGCAGGAAUUCCGUCACAUAGUUCGUAAGAUCUGUAUAUAUACCCCGAAGGAGGUAAAGAAGAUGGAUUUACAAACCUCAAAUAAGAAGCUGGAGGAAAUUUCAGCAAUGGCUGACCAGAACAUGGGUUCAGAAGAAGACCAGAUUUUGGAUCAUCCUUCAGCAGCAAGCCCUUAGACGAGGUGGUGGCUAAGCUGGAAGUGGUAAAAAAUGGUGUUAAAGAUGUCAACGUUUUUACUUUUUUGGUAAUUUGAGGCAGUUGUAAAUUCCACUUGAUCACUACUAUUGAAAUUUAUACUGGCAGUGCAGGUAUAUCCCAGUAUCUAUCCGAAUUUUGGCCAUUGGGCUGUA